CAGGCGGAGCGACCGGAGCCUCGCGCGGAGCCCUGCAUUGUUUCACCCCGCGAACCAGAGGCUUGACACGGCGGCCUGACACCGCCGGUCCGCAUGUGUGGAGCACCGGCCCGGACCCGGCGGCUGUUAAACAAAAUCUGUUUUGUUUAUUCCGACAGACGAAUCGACCAUUGAAGGGGUCUUUUAAAAAAAAAGUAAACGGCUUUUAAAAUGGCAACCAGCGCCGUCCCCCGGCUGUAGGCUGCGUCUCUCCGGACGGGAGCGCCAACAAACCCACAUUACAUUUAAACAACCGACCAUUGAAAUAUUACCCGCUUUUUUGUGGACUUACGUGGGUUUUCCCAACAUGACCGCGGGCUCCCGCACCUCUUCACGGCCUACAGCUGAUUGGCCGAUGGGCUCCAUGCGUCCUCGCCGGUUCCUCUAGCACCAUGUCGGCGGUUCCGACCCAGAAGGAGAGCGUCGAGCCGGGCUGGAGCGGCCUGGAGGCCCUGGGCCUCAGCCAGAAGGAGCUGGUCCUGGCCGAGGCCCUGCAGAUGGAGUACGACGCCCUGACCCGGCUCCGGCAGGACAAGAGCGGCCCGGCCGAGACCGGGUCCACCGGGUCCCCCGGGUCCCCCGGUUCCCCCGGGUCCAGACCCCCAGCCCGGUCCAAGACCCCCAACCCCACCGUGGAACGGCCCCGCCCCGUCCCCAGCCAGCCCGUCGCGGGCUCCCUCCGGCGGGGCCUCUCUGGUUCUGACCCCUCCCUGGACCAGCCCGGAGGGUCUCGGUCCCCCGGCUCCGCCCCCUCCAGGCCGCUCCCCCCCCCCCCCACCCAGGGAGGCUACCUCAAAGAGUCCCCGUACAUCCUGGACGGCCCGGAGCCGGUCGGCAAGUUGAGGGACGGUGCCGGCUCCGGCCUCGGGGACCCCCCCGGGUCCGGGUCCGGGUUUCUCUCCAAGGGCUUCCCGUCUCUUCCGGACGACGCCCCCCCCGCCGUCCCGAGGAACCCGGCGCCCCCGCCGUCGGGGUCCGAGAACCCCCUCCUGCCCCCCCGGGGGCCCCCGGCGCCGCGCGACGUGAACCUGUUCACGCCCGACGUGGACUCGCCCAAAGUGACCUCGGGCGAGCUGAACUACGACAACAUCAACGAGUCUCUGGCCCGGCUCAACGGGCGCCAGCCGGGGCCCCGGGGCCGGCGCGCCGACGGCGACCAAUCGGGGAAGCCCGUGGCCCGCAGUAAGACCCUCCCCCCUCAAGUCCCGCCCAGGACGUACGUGCCGGUUCCCAAGAGCAACAAGAACCAUCGGCGCGUGUCCGCCGACCCGGUGUCUCUGGGCUCCAGGAUGAACGGCUUCGGGUACGAACUGUUCCAGAUAUCAGAGGAGAGAGACGAGGAGGUGGCGGCCUUCUGCCACAUGCUGGAUGUCCUGCGCUCUGCGUACCCUCACUCCUCCUCCUCCAACGGGGGCUUCGUGUGGUCGGCCUCCGUCGGCCUGGAGGAGCUGCAUCAGGCUCUGGGGGUCAGCGUGAAGGUCACGGUGAGCAGCGAGCACUUCAGGGAGCCGCUCACCUUCACCUGCGACGGCUCCUCCACGGUGGACCUGCUGAUCUACCAGACUCUGUGUUACGCUCAGGACGAUCUGGCCCACAUGGACGUGGACGAGUACCUGCUGAAGGUCUGCGGCCACGACGAGUUCCUCAACAACUCUCAGACUCUCGCCGGUCUGGAGUUCGUUCAACAAUGUCUGAAGUUCGACUGGGACGUCCGACUGAAGCUCAUCAAGAGAGCCUCCAUCAGCACGGAGCUGUCCCGCACGAAAGAAGACGAUGAGACGUCGUCCAGCAUGAACCACGGCAUCCUGCUGCAGGAGCGUCCAAUCAAACAGACCGUCACCAGGGAGGCUCUGACUCUUCUCCUGGAUACGUUCCACAACGAGGCCGAGUCCUUCCUGCUGUCAGAGGCGGCAGAGCUGCCGCUGCACGUGGAGCGCCUCGUCCAAUCGGUGAAGGCGCUCUGCAGCUCGUUGGCCUCCGUGGAGACGCCCGACGUGACCGCCGCCCUCAGCCAGCUCCCAGCAUGCCCCUGUCGUCUGCAGCCCAAAGUCCUCAAGGAUGCAUCAGUGCUCGCCGUCAGAGAGAACAGAGACAAAGUGGUGGAGAAGCUGACGGCGGCCAUCUUGGAUCUGGUGGAUCUUUACUGCAACACGUUCAACGCCAACUUCCACCCGGCGGCGCCGCGGCACAGCAGCGCGGCGCCGCCGCAGGAGGCGGGGCUAGUCAACAACGUGCUGGCCUUCAACGUGCACGCCGCCCACCGCAUCCCCAUCACCUGGGCCGCCAGCUACGAGGGCUUCUUCCUGUCCUGCUCUCUAACCCACGGGGGGGCGGAGCUCUGUGCACCGCAGCACACCAGCAAGCAGUCGGUCAGCAAAUACCUGUUUCACCUGGUGGUCUGGGACCAGAGGGUGUUGUUCCCGGUGCAGAUCAACCAGCUGCCCAGAGAGUCUCAGCUCACGGUGACUCUGUACGCCAGCUCUCUGCCGCCCCCUGGUGGAGCCGAGGAGAAGGGCCGGCAGCGGCGCAGCAUCGAGUCUCUGGGCUGGGUCACCAUGCCGCUCUUCAACUUCAGACACAUCCUGACAUGUGGCAGGAAGCUCCUCGGCCUCUGGCCGGCGGCUCCGGGGAGGACAGGAAACGCCCGGACGAGCUCGCCGAACUUCAACCAGCCGGACAGCGUGAUCCUGCAGGUGGACUUCCCCACCUCGUCCUUCGAGGUCCAGUUCACGACUCCUCCUCCAGCAGACUUCUGUCCUCAGUACGACUUCUCGAGGCUGGACACCGUCAGUCAGAUCCAGCUGCAGGACGUCCUCCACCAGAAGGCCGUCUUCUGGCUGACGGUGGAGGACAAGCGUCUCCUCUGGGAGAAGAGGGCCUUCUGCCAGGCGGAGAGUGCAGCUCUCCCUCUGGUGCUGGCCAGCGCCCCCUGCUGGCAGUGGGCCUGCCUGCCGGACAUCUACGCCCUCCUGAAGCAGUGGGCCUGCCUGGGCCACCUGGACGCCCUGGGACUCCUACAUGCCUCGUUUCCGGACCAGGAGCUGAGGCGGACGGCUGUUCAGUGGAUGGACUCCAUCUCAGAUCCAGAGCUACUGGACUUCCUGCCUCAGCUCGUUCAGGCUGUGAAGUACGAGUGUUACCUCGACAGCUCGCUGGUGCGAUUCCUCCUCCGGAGAGCCAUCGGGGACGUCCGCAUCACCCACGCCCUCUUCUGGCUGCUGAAGGACAACCUGCAGGACAGCCAGUUCAGCGCGCGCUACCAGCUGCUGCUGGCGGCGCUGCUGUGCUGCGCGGGGCGGGGCCUCCGGGAGGAGCUGGACCGCCAGUGCUGGCUCAUCUCCAUCCUCUCCACCGUGGCCCACAAGGUCCGGGACGCCUCGCCGUCCAGCAGACAGUGUGUGCUGAGGGAGGGUCUGGAGGAGAUGACUCAGUUCUUCUUGGUGAACAGCAGCUGUCGACUUCCUCUGAACCCGGCGCUGCUCGUCACGGGGAUCCACAUCCAGUCAUGCUCCUUCUUCAACUCCAACGCGGUCCCUCUCAAGCUGUCCUUCCAGAACCUGGACUCCCUGGGAGAUAACAUCAACGUCAUCUUCAAGUCAGGAGACGACCUCCGGCAGGACAUGCUGACUCUGCAGGUGAUCCGGAUCAUGAACAAGAUCUGGAUCCAGGAGGGUCUGGACAUGAGGAUGGUCAUCUUCAAAUGUUUCUCCACCGGCAGAGGACGAGGUAUGGUGGAGAUGAUCCCUCAGGCCGACACCUUGAGGAAGAUCCAGGUGGAGCACGGCGUCACCGGCUCCUUCAAGGACCGGCCGCUGGCCGACUGGCUGCAGAAACACAACCCCACGGACGAGCUGUACGACAAGGCCGUGGAGAACUUCAUCUUCUCGUGCGCCGGCUGCUGCGUGGCCACCUACAUCCUGGGUAUCUGCGACCGGCACAACGACAACAUCAUGCUGAAGACCAGCGGACACAUGUUCCACAUCGACUUCGGGAAGUUCCUGGGCCACGCCCAGAUGUUCGGGAACAUCAAGCGGGACCGCGCCCCCUUCGUGUUCACCUCCGACAUGGCGUACGUCAUCAAUGGCGGGGAGAAGCCGUCGAGCCGAUUCCACGACUUCGUGGACCUCUGCUGCGAGGCGUACAACAUGAUCAGGAAACACACACACCUGUUCCUCAACCUGCUGGGCCUGAUGUUGUCUUGCGGGAUCCCUGAACUGUCGGAUCUGGAGGAUCUGAAGUACGUCCACGACGCGCUGAGACCUCACGAGUCUGAAGCCGACGCCACCAUGUACUUCACCAGGUUGAUAGAGUCCAGUCUGGGCAGCGUGGCCACCAAGCUGAACUUCUUCAUCCACAACCUGGCCCAGAUGAAGUUCUCCUCGGCUGAGGACCGGCCCGCGCUGAGCUUCGCCCCGCGGGUCCACACGGCGAGGAGCGACGGGCUCAUCCGGAACCUUUACCUGUGCCGCCACGUCAGGGCGGUCGGCGCCGGCAAGGGCUACACGUUCGUAGUGAAGGUGGAGCGGGAGGGCCAGCAGGAGGCGCUGUUGGUUCAGAGGACGUUUGAAGAGUUUCAUGAACUUCACAGCAAACUGAGACUCAUCUUCCCCUCAGCCAAACUACCCAGUUUCCCGAGCCGUCUUGUGAUUGGUCGGUCCCGUGGAGAGGCGACCGCUGAUAGGAGGAAGGACGAGCUGAACGGUUACGUGUGGCACCUGAUCCACGCCACCCCCGAGGUCGCUCAGAGCGACCUCGUCUACACCUUCUUCCACCCGCUGCCCCGGGACGAGAGGCCGGGCCCCACGGCCAUCAAGCCUGCAGAGCUGCUCUGGACUCCUGCGGCGGGCAGAGAGCUCGGCGAGGUCAAACUGUCGAUCUCCUACAAGAACGACAAGCUGUUCAUCAUGGUGAUGCACAUACGAGGCCUGCAGCCCCUGCAGGACGGGACAGACCCUGACCCCUACGUGAAGCUCUACCUGCUGCCGGACCCCCAGAAGACGAGCAAGAGGAAGACGAAGGCGGCGCGGCGCACCUGCAACCCGACCUACAACGAGAUGCUGGUGUACGAGCGGAUCCCCCGGGGGGACCUGGACCAGAGGGUGAUCCACCUGCGGGUCCUGGGCGACGGGGCCUUCUGGGACAACACGGUCCUGGGCGAGACCCGGAUCCCCCUCCGGAGGCUGGUCCCGGGCCAGCACUGGGUGGACUGGCACCAGCUGGGCGCCGCCGGCUCUGACUCCGCCCACUGACUCCGCCCACUGACUCCGCCCACUGACUGCAGUGGAAAAGGGGAGAGAAGAAGAAGAGAAGCGGUUCUCCUCAGGAGGAAGAAGAACAAAGGAAAGUCCUUUCAAAGUAAAAGCCCUGUGGGAGUUUAACUUCAUCACUUUAGGACGUUUGGAACUUUUUCUGAAAAUAACCAUUAGAUUUACUUUCGGGUCCUUUUUUUAAAAACAUUUAAAUAUCCUCCAAUGAGAUUUAUAAAGUGAAGCUAACUCGCUCGUUGUUGACGCAGUUCUGUUAGCCGGUGAGACGCUGGUGCCGUGUGCAAAACCCAACGUCCUGUUUCCUCCGUUGAUCAUGAGACAUUUUCUGACUCCCGGGAAAUAGAUUUAAAGCUUCAACUUUAACGUGCACCAACGAAUAAUUAGUGCGUCUGAAAUUAAUUAAUUAAUUAAUUAAUUAAUUAUCUGGUUUUGCGAGAGAUGAUUUAGACGUGAUUUAAAUUUCAAUAAAUAAACACAAUGAACACACACAUGAACACACACACACAUGUACACACACAGACACACACAGACCCAGACACUCACACACAUGAACACACACACAUGUACACACACAGACACACACAGACACAUGAACACACACAGGUGCAUGUUGGGUAAUUCCGGCUGUUUGAUUUCCAUCUUUCUGCAGAAAGGGAUUAAAAUACUAAAUAAAUUAUCGGCAGACAUUUUGUUUUGCUUUUCCGGGACUUUUUUUAACGAUUUUAGUUUUUGUUUGGCAGCUUUUAUCGUCCUAAAAAUAAAAACUAGAAGCACCACGAGCCGCUCCAGUCGUAGAGGAGUGUAAACGUCGUGUUCAUGAGCUUCAGCCUCAACGUUUGACGCUCCAGAGACGCUUCCACAUUCCUUUUUCUUUUCUAAUCCUGUCAUUUUGUAUUUCUGCCGUUGUUUUUAGGGCGGGCCUCUAGACUUGUGAUAAUCCGUCUGCAGUGAACAUUAAAUUGGGAUUUUGAGUUUGUUUUAAUGCGCUGACCUUUAACCUUCUGACUCAAGGUGAAUUAAGCCCCGCCUCCUCUGAGAUAUGAAUCUGUCCCAUGGGUGUCGAGUAAAACUUCCACUGAAUUAAUAUUCUACGCCGUUUGUUUGACCUCCUUUUACUCUUGAGAGCACCAAUCACGCGCUUCUGUUGUCUCAACCUAACUUGAUGAUGACGUCACGUUCCUGGUGAUGCUCGUCCUUUAUCUUUCUAUUUUUGACCCUCACGCUCUCCUGUAGUUCUUCAAAACGGACCCGAUCGGCAGCAUACUCCCUGUAUUGAUCACGCGUAUUGGAUCAUGUGAUCAAGUGGACGUUAUUUGUUUAAGUGGCGGAAAUAAAUUCUGAUUUAAGCUUCUCAAAUGUAAGGAUAAAAAAAAAAUCAUAUUCAGUUGAGUAUCUUUGGAGAAAAACCUUUUAAAGUCACGAGGAGAAAUUUUUCACAAUUUUAUCAACCAAGACGAUUAAAUGUUAAAUCCAGAAAAAUAAACUGCUGAUUAAUUAUGAAUAUACAUAAAAAAAACAUUAAAUUCCAGGCGGCGUAAACAUGAAAGAUACUUUAUGAUUUUCAAGUGAAUUUUUUUCUUCAAAAAUAUCGUUAUUUUUUAAAACUCUGUUCAAAAGUCAAUAUUCAAAGAGUCGCGGAGCAAAUUCCGUAGAUCUGCUCUAAUGAUGAAGAUGAUGAUGAUGAAGCUGGAGGUGGCGACACACUGAGGAUACAGGAGCAGAAUGUAAAUUCACAGUGAACUGAUCUCUGAUCUCUGAUCUUUAAUCUUUGUACAGAUUAAAAUGUGACGAGGGUUUCAUCCACUGCAGCAUUUAGCCGGAUUGUAGAAGCUCUUCAUAUUAAUGUGGAUAAAUUUUAUUCUGAACAUGUUUUGUAUUAUUUGCACUACAAAAUAAACUUGAAUUAAAAAAAUAAAAAUUCAA